AUGCCGUUCUUCUUCCCAAGGCGGCACCGUCACUAUAAGCUCACUCUGUGGUUGAUGGUAGUCGAGCUUCCGAUUACAGUCGUUAUCCUGACUCUGACGGGUAUUGCUUCACACAAUACUUAUCGGACAUUGUUGUGGCAAGAUGGGGCCGAUAAUGGCUUCAACAGCGCGCCCAAUGCGGCGCUGUACGCUGCAGCUAACUACCGACCAUACACGGCUCCUUUGGUUUGGUCUUCAUUUAUGACCAACUAUAACCUCGUCAUCGGAGUCCUCAGCGUCUUCUUAUUGAUCGUCAAAUUCCCCGUUCACUGCAUGCACCUGUUCUUCCCUCCACUCGGAGCUUUCACCCACGGUGCCAUCCUGGUGCUAUACAUUGUUUCGGCUCGUUAUCAGGCUGGCAGCGAUAUGUCAGAUCCGAAGCAUCCCCAACCGGGUCCACCUUGGUAUAUUACGAAGAGCUGCAGCGUCGCAGCGCACAAGUCAAAUAUCGGAUACUGCGAACAAGCAAAGGCGCUAUUUGCCGUCUCCGUGGUUCUGAUUGUUCUCUACUUCGUGGAAUUCGUUGUCGUCGUCCACUCCUGCUUCAUCACCAAGGAAGAGCGCGAUGAAGUCGUGGAGCAAAGAGAAGAGAAGCGCAUCGAGAAAGAAUUCGAAGAAGAGAUCAUGAAGUCACCCAGCAUGAUUCCCAUGACACCUGGCUUCGUCGGUCAGGAUCAUGCCCUGAUGAUCCCCCGAACUCCCGGCUACCCACCCAUGGCCGCCACAAGUCCAGUCACACAUGGAGGAAUUCUUCAUGCACCGUUUACUCCAAGAACUCCUGGACGCACACCAGGCUUCAAUAGACUCGGUGGUGGUGGUGGAAGUCCGAGUACGACUUCUGACCUUCCUCUGCGGGAUCACUCCGCCAUGCCCUCGCCCCAGAUACAAUCUCUGCCGGCGCAGACGACAGAGCCCCAGACAGGGCCUGGAUCGGCAAUGUACUUCCCACCUCCCCCGAAGAAGGCAUCGAAGAAAUAA